GUGUACAUGGAAUUCGAAGCUACCGCAUGUGUAGACCCUCAAAGCACAAUCUCCAUCCUUGACGUCUCUUCCAAAUGGGGGGGACAAACAAGCCAUGCCAGCCUCAUCCUUGCUGCCACUUCAAGUCCCCCUUUCUCCCCGCGUUCACUCCACCUCCGUUCUUUAACGGGCCAUGGCAUUGGCAUUCGCCUUUCAACUCGUCUUCGUUUGUCCUUACAAUGUUUCUACACAUUUGCGCGCGGAGCAAUAUGCUUCCGAUUGCCGGAUCAUCUCAAAUUGUUCGACCGCAAUCGAGCGUUUCCCCAACCUUCGAAGCCGUUGAAUCGUCGAUCGGAGGCCUCGUCAGAAGCUGGAGCCGGAGACGGAAGUGGCGGCUCUUCUUCGGCCCCGGAGAAUCGCGCGGCACGAACACCGCAGACCCGAGCAUCGCAGCGUGGCGGACCCGCGUAGGGAAAUUCCUGGACUCCAACUUUGCCCACAUCUUUUCCAUUUUCUUGCUCCUGGCAGACACGAUCAUCACCUCCUUUGAGCUCUCUUCUUCUUUAACCAACGCGAGCCUGAAACCCCGGACCGAUUCUCGAGAGACUUGGUACCACUGGGUGGGCAUAGCGAUCUUGAGCCUCCUCUCCGCCAAGACAUUCGCUCUCGUGGUCGCGUCGGGGAGAUCGUUCUUUCGGCGGCCGGGCUACGUGGUCGAUGGGCUGGUGGCCGUCGGGGCCUUGUUCUUGGAAGCGUUCUUGGAGAAGAAGGGUGGCGGGCUGAUCGCGGUGGUGAGCCUGUGGAGGAUCUUGCGAGUUGUUGAGGGUGCGUUCGAGCUGAGCGACGAGGCCAUCGAGGCGCAGGUUGAGCUCAUCUUGAACGAGUUCGAGUCCCUCCGGCAAGAGAAUCAGAGGCUGCGAGAGGCGGCGGAUCAGAUGAACGAGAGGAUAGAGCAGCUAGAAGACGAUAUUGCGCAAUGCGUGCAUGCAUGUAACUAGGGCGAAAUGAGAAAAAAAUUACUAAAACAGUCCUAAAUCUAUUGCACUUGUACCAAUUCAUUUCUAAACUUUUC